UUCCAAUUUGCUCGUUUGCCUGUCGCACUCGUCGCUGUCUGCUGUCUGUCAGAAUGAAAAGUCGCGCUCAGUAUAAAACACGUAGAUAAAUCGCUACGAAAAAAGAAUACAAUAAAAUUAAAAGAAACAAAAUCCUAACAAAGUGAACGCAAUUCGCAACCAAAAAUCAGUUUCACAACUCAAAAUCGAAAUCCAUUCGAAAUGAUUUGCUAAAAUCAAAGCGCGUACAGCAACAGCAAUAUGAAUCAUAAUUAUUAUCCAAGCUUCUGUGUGCCAUAAAGUAGUGUUUCUGUUUAGUAGGUAGAUAGGUUGGUGUAGGUGGCAGGCAAGCAAGGCAAGCAAACGCGAAGUGAAUUAAUUUCUUUGGCCAAAAAUUAUCAAAAUGCAAAUGAAUUCUUCCUCUCGAGAUUCUUCAGAUAGUGUCAUCGUCGUCGUCGUGUGCUUCUGCUUCAGUUUUAGCUUCUGGUUUUCCAAUGGAGUGGAGACCGUUUCCGUAGUUAGAUAAGCAACAAAAGAUUAAAACACAAAAUUAAUAAAAAUAAAAAUCGUUAUUUUUUUUUGUCUGUCAAGUGAGUGAAUGUCUUGUUUCUUGUUUGUGCAGCUUUUGUGUCGUCGUCGUGAUAAAUUAAAUAAAAUAUAUUAAAUUCUUACGUGUCUGAAUCUGAAUGUUAACGCAUAAAAAUAACAAAAACAAAAAAUCCAUCAAAACAAAAAUAUUUCUUAGCCGUUGUCGUUUUCGUUGUCGUCGUCGUCUCGUCGUUGUCGUCGCACAUAAUUCGUGAGCUUCCUCCAAAUUCAGUAGAUACAGAAUUUUUUUCAACAUAAUAUAGAUUAAUUUUAAAAUAAACAAAUAAACAAACAACUAAAUUCAAUAUCAAGAAAAAGAAAUAAAAUAAAAGUUGUUGCCUUGGCUUUGAGAUUUUGCUUUUAUUUGAAAAAUAAAGACGAAGAAGAAAUCAUUCAUCGUGACAAUCCUUAAACAAUCAAACAACAACGCGUAGAACAAUAAUUGAUAGCAUAGUCGCUGCUGCCGCCGGUUGAAGGAAGGAAACCUUUCGUGUACAUAUAUAGUAGAGGAAUAAAUCGCUGCACUUCUAAGGCUUUUCAUUAAGGAACACUCAGCAAGAGUCUCGCAUUACCAAAAAAAAGCAGAAAACAACAGAAAUAAAACAAAAUGGAUUGGAUUAUCAACGAUGAAUUGGGACUAACAGUAGGUCACUUGGUCGGUUGGGCUGCUGCUUCCGCUAUGGUUGUUGGAGGGGUGAUUCCAUAUGUGCCACAAUAUCGUGAAAUCAAAAAAACACAGGACGCAGAUGGCUUUUCAUUACAUGUUUGCUUCGCACUACUUAUUGCAAAUUCCUUAAGGAUUCUUUUCUGGUUUUCCAAACGCUAUGAGCUUCCUCUUCUUGUCCAAAGUGUUGUAAUGAAUAUCACAAUGUUCCUUAUGAUUCAUCUUUGUGUUAAAGUGAAACGAAACAACGCCAAUCCAGCAAUGCGAGAUCGAGAAUUUGGAGGUGAUGACCACUGUGAUCUUCAUCUGCCAAAGGUGAUUGGAGAUACUGAUGCAGGUGCUGGUGCCUCUACUUCGUCUCCAGAUGCAUUAAAACGUAGUCGCUCAAGACAUUAUUUAAGUGACCUCGACAUGAAGUACUUUUGGGCAUGGACAGAUUUCCAAUCAUAUUUGGAUUUCAUGUUGGUUGUUUGGGCUGUGGGUGCAGCUAUUACAUAUCUGAUGUUGUCAAUUGAUUGGUUUAUGGAGACCGUUGGUUUCUUUGCUGUAUUUACCGAGGCUAUGUUAGGAGCACCUCAGUUCUUACGAAACUUUAAAAAUAAAUCAACAUAUGGAAUGAGUAUACAUAUGGUAGUGAUGUGGACGCUUGGUGAUAUGUUCAAGACUGUUUAUUUUAUUUUAAGAAAAGCACCAAACCAAUUCUGGAUUUGUGGAACACUGCAGGUCAGCUUAGACAUUGCCAUUCUUCUGCAAGUUCACAUUUACCGAAAAAAUUCACAACCACGCAGCGUCCACCGUGGUGAUUAGCAGUUUGCCCCCGAUGAACAACAACAACAACAGCAGCAAAAUCAUCCCCAAUUA